CAUAUUUCUGUAUGGCCCGUGGGGCAGCCCCGGCAGUCGGUGGGUCAGGAGAGGUGCUGACAAGGCGGGGCAGACGCUGGGCUCCUCCGGCUUCACCCCCUCCCGCUGGGGACAGGUGGCUGCAGCGCGCCCCGCCUCCGCCAGCUGCAAGUGGGAACCAGGGAGGGCCAGUCCGGGACGGCCACUGCCAGCUGCGAGUCCGGGGACAGCGCGAUCUAGUGUGGGACAGCCGGCCGAAGGGUCCGGCAGCGGCAAACGAGUAUCCUGGCGGCCAAAAAAAUGCUCCUGUACCGAGGGGCCCCCGUGGGCCCUGGCGCGCCGGGCGGCGGACUGGCCCGGGCGGGCAGUGUCCCGCAGGCCUUCGGGAUCCGCCUGAGCACGAUGAGUCCCCGCUACCUCCAGAGCAACUCCAGCAGUCACACGCGACCCUUCAGUGCCAUCGCGGAGCUGCUAGAUAAUGCUGUAGACCCAGAUGUAUCUGCCAGGACGGUCUUUAUAGACGUUGAGGUGGUCAAGAAUAAACCUUGUUUGACGUUUACUGACGAUGGGUGUGGGAUGACACCUCACAAACUCCACCGAAUGCUCAGCUUUGGCUUUACAGAUAAAGUCAUAAAGAAGAGCCAGUGUCCCAUCGGGGUCUUUGGUAAUGGUUUCAAGUCGGGUUCCAUGCGGCUAGGAAAGGAUGCUCUUGUCUUCACCAAGAAUGGGGGUACCCUCACUGUUGGACUUCUGUCACAGACCUACCUGGAGUGUAUCCAGGCCCAGGCAGUUAUUGUACCAAUUGUCCCAUUCAGCCAGCAAAGCAAAAAAAUGGUUAUUACUGAAGAUUCUUUGCCCAGCCUAGAAGCCAUCUUGAACUAUUCAAUUUUCAACAGUGAAAAAGACCUGCUAUCUCAGUUCGAUGCCAUUCCAGGCAAAAAAGGCACCCGUGUUCUCAUCUGGAAUGUCCGGAGAAACAAAGAUGGAAAGUCUGAGCUGGACUUUGAUACAGAUCAAUAUGAUAUCCUGGUAUCAGACUUCGAUGCUGAAGAAAAGGAGAUUGGUGGUGUUCCCUCCAAGCUGCCAGAAACAGAGUAUUCCCUACGGGCAUUUUGUAGUGUUCUAUAUAUGAAGCCUCGGAUGAAGAUUUUUCUGCGGCAAAAGAAGGUGACUACCCAGAUGAUUGCUAAGAGCCUUGCCGAUGUGGAACACGAUGUGUAUAAGUCUCCCUCCACCAAUAAGCAGGUGAAAAUCACGUUUGGAUUCUCUUGCAAAUACCAUAACCAGUUUGGAGUAAUGAUGUAUCAUAACAACCGCCUUAUUAAGGCCUUUGAGAAGGUGGGCUGUCAGUUAAAGCCAACUUGUGGAGAAGGUGUGGGAGUAAUUGGAGUCAUUGAGUGCAAUUUCCUAAAACCUGCCUACAACAAACAAGACUUUGAGUACACCAAGGAGUACCGGUCGACAAUGAGUGCUCUUGCCCAGAAGCUCAAUGCUUAUUGGAAGGAAAAAACAUCUCAAGAGAAUUUUGAGAACUUACCUACAUCCAGGAAGAUUCCCGACCAGACAUGGGUACAGUGUGAUGAAUGUCUUAAGUGGAGGAAGCUUCCUGGGAAGGUGGAUCCAUCCACAUUACCUGCAAGAUGGUUUUGUUACUAUAACCCCCAUCCAAAGUACAGGCGAUGCUCUGUUCCAGAAGAACAAGAACGCACCGAAGAUUUAUACCUGAGCAAGGCUAAGCAACAAGAUGAAACCGUUGAGAAGAAGCAGCCGCCUAUGGAAGGUGACAAGCACCAGGUCCUCAGUAAUCCACCAAAGAUUACUACUACACCAGAGAUGGCUGAACUAAAUGACAAGAUGAUUGGAUAUGAGCAGAUCAAUAGCCCGAGCCUUCUUCCAUCCGGUGGAGAAGAAAACAAAUCACCUCUUCAACUGAAGUCGCUGGAUUCCAGUGUUUUUCAGUUUUCCAGUAAAUACAAAUUGAUCCUAAGUGAGGAGCCUGUGGAGAAACGAAGGAGGUUCCAAAAUGAUAUGACACCAUCUCCUAUAGAUUACUCCAUGUCCAGUCCUUACAGGAGGGGAGAAGCCGCUGUUGCCGACCAAGGAGGGGAGAACAGCCCUGAGAAAUCCAGUUCUGAGAGAAGCACACCACCAUACCUCUUACCAGAAUACCCAGAAGCAAACAAGAGCACAGGCCACAACAGGGAAGCUCCAGCACUUUGUCUAGGGUCCCAGGACCAAGACCAGGAGUCCCUGCUUCCUGAAGAAUUAGAAGAUCAGAUGCCAAGAUUGGUGGCAGAAGAAUCUAACAGGAGUAGCGAGAACAGAGAUGUGAAUAAAGGGCCUUUUGUAGCGGUGGUCGGGGUUGCCAAGGGACUUGCAGAUUCGGGAGCUCCCAUCCAGCUAAUCCCAUUUAACCGGGAGGAGUUUGUAGGCAGAAGAAAGGCAGCAGCGGAACCAUGGAACCCGAAUCCUUAUUCUUCUGUGGCCCCUGCCACAGCUACUGCAGGGAAAGGAAAAGGCUACCUGGAGAGUGGAAGUCAGAACAUGCCAAAGAUAAAGAACCAGAAAGAACUGGAAGAAUUGAAGAGAACCACAGAAAAAUUGGAGCGUGUUUUGGCUGAAAGGAAUCUGUUCCAGCAAAAGGUAGAGGAGCUGGAACAGGAGAAGAAUCACUGGCAUUCUGAAUUUAAGAAAGCACAACAUGAAUUGGUGACCUAUAGUACCCAGGAGACUGAAGGCUUAUACUGGAGCAAGAAGCACAUGGGUUAUCGCCAAGCUGAAUUCCAGAUUCUGAAAGCUGAGCUAGAAAGAACCAAAGAGGAGAAGCAAGAACUAAAAGAGAAACUGAAAGAGACAGAGACACACCUGGAAGUACUGCAGAAGGCCCAGGUCUCCUACCGGAACCCAGAGGGAGAUGACCUAGAAAGGGCUUUGGCAAAGCUUACGCGGCUCCGUAUCCACGUCAGCUAUCUCCUUACUUCUGUCCUCCCUCACUUGGAGCUUCGUGAGAUCGGGUAUGACUCAGAGCAAGUGGAUGGGAUCCUGUACACAGUGCUGGAGGCCAAUCACAUACUGGAUUGAGCAGCAGACUAUAUAUCCUGUCCUAGCUGUCUUUUCUCUUUUCUGUCUGUGUACUAUAUGCACCCCCCCCCAGCUUCUUCUUCCCUUCUCCCUUCUUAUCCCUCCCCCAGCCUCUUUCUUUCCCUUUCACCUUUAUGCCUUAUAUUUAAAGUCUUUGAAUAAGUCCUGGUUCUUUAUCAGUGUACUUCGCAUUCAGUGUGAGCGUGAAGAAAGAGGCCCAUUAAAUAGCCUUUUAAGAGUCCAGGAACAGAAAAGCAAUAGUCGCCAAUUUAGGUGACUGGAAAGCACUAAUUUUCAUGAUCUAGAUACGUGGCCUAUUUCGUGUUCUGCUAAUGGUUCGUCUUCAUUUAGGUUAAACCAGGCAGCAAAUGUUGGGUCCAAUGCACCUGGUGGGAAAAGUCAUGCUGCCAGCCCUGCCAGGGUUCUAACAGUCUAGCUGGAAGCACAAGUCCCAGCAAGUUAACUAACUAUACAAAGAAGGGUUUGGUGUGCCUGAGUGGUCUAAGCGUGGCCUGGAAGGCAGAGGCGAGCAACUUAAAGGCAGGCAGCACAUCGUAAGUGGGACCUAAUGAAGGUUAAAGAGUGAGCAUGGCAACGCUCUUAAUGACGGUUGUUGCUUAAGUGGUAGGAUUAUGGUUGAUAGUUUUUCUUCUUCCUAUCUUCUUGCCCUUUUCAAAUUUUCUAUUACAUUCUUGUUGUUCUUCUUACGUUGGAAAAUAAAUUGUUUUGAAAGCUAA